AUGUCUCCCGCGCCAAGACGGUCGACCUUCCUAGUGAUCCAUGGCGCAUGGCAUCAUCCCGAGCUGUACGGUACCUUCUGCAAGGCUAUCGAAAAUCGCGGCGCGGAAGUUAUAUGUCCCCGGUUACCGAGUUGCAGCGGAGAACUUCCCUCGACCAAAACCAUAGAGGACGAUGUCGCUCUGAUCCGAGCGACAGCUGAGUCCCUAGUCCAGGAAGGAAAGAAAGUGUUUGCUGUGAUGCAUUCAUACGGCGGAAUGGUCGGCACCGACGCGCUGGAAGGGCUGGGGCUCCAGCGUUUGAUAUACCUGGCAGCAUUCGUACCGCCCAGUGGAAAAAACCUCGUUGAUAUGCUUGGUGGCUCUAUGGCUCCAUUCAUUGUCGGUGAUGAACAAGGUAUGUUGCGGGUUCCCGAAGCUGCCUCGGUAUUCUACCAGGAUCUUCCCGACGACGAAGCCGCCUUCUGGGCGGGAAGACUUGUGCCAAUGCCAAAGUCCGCAUUCCUCAACCGAAUCACCCGUGCGGCGUAUCGCGGUAUUCCCGCCACAUAUAUCUUGUGCAAGGACGACCGGGCGAUUCCGGCGAGCACACAAGAAAUGAUGAUCUCAAAUGUGCAGAGUGCGGGCGUGAGCAUGGACGUUGUAAGGAUAACUGCGAGCCAUAGUCCCUUCCUGAAAUAA